AAGAUCAAAACACAACAUACAACAAUAAUUACUUGUUAAGUCGAUAUAUAGAAAUACAUAAAAUCUGCCAUUCGCCACCAUUAAAAUACACGCGCCGCCAGGAAACACCUCCAACCCCACCACCAAAAAACAUCAGUGACACAUCGCAAACUUACCACUAUCUUUUUUGUCCACAUAAUAAAAAAGAGAUCUGAUCAAUACCCACAACUUCAAAUCCCUCAAAACAUAAUAAAGUUUCAAACUUUAUUAUUAUAUGUAAGUUUAUAUAUAAUAAGUUGUUAUAUAUAUAUAUAUAUAUGAAUAAGAAGAGAAAAUGGGUGGAGUGACAUCAUCAAUAGCUGCCAAGUUUGCUUUUUUCCCACCAACUCCGGCGUCAUACACGGUGGAAUCCGACGGCAGUGGAGGGUUUGUUAUACCGGAAGUUCCCCGGAGAGAUGGUGUUGAUGUGUUGAAACUUAGAACUAAAAAAGGAAAUGAAAUUGUGACAGUUUAUAUUAAACACCCAAAAGCUUCUGCUACCCUUUUGUAUUCUCAUGGAAAUGCUGCUGAUUUGGGUCAGAUGUUCGAGCUUUUCGUCGAAUUAAGCCUUCGUCUCAGGGUUAAUGUUGUUGGCUAUGACUACUCUGGCUAUGGGCAAUCAACCGGAAAGCCAUCUGAGUGUAAUACAUACGCAGACGUUGAUGCGGUAUAUAAAUGCCUCAGGGAGAAAUAUGGUGUUAAAGACGACCAACUAAUCGUAUAUGGUCAAUCUGUUGGUAGUGGACCCACCAUCGAUCUUGCCUCACGUGUACCCGACUUAAGGGGUGUGGUUCUACAUAGUCCCAUCCUCUCAGGCCUGAGGGUGUUGUAUCCUGUCAAACGAACCUAUUGGUUUGAUAUAUACAAGAAUAUUGAGAAGAUCAGUUUAGUGACUUGCCCUGUUCUUGUCAUCCACGGAACAUCAGAUGAGGUGGUUGAUCAUUCUCAUGGGAAACAGCUAUGGGAGCUUUGCAAAAACAAGUAUGAACCAUUGUGGCUAACUGGUGGCGGCCAUUGCAACCUUGAAUUUUAUCCCGAGUUCAUCCGACACAUUAAAAAGUUUGUUUUGUCGCUUGGAAAGUCAAAAGGAACCUCCACCAGCUCAAAAACCUCAACAGCAGAUGUUGAGAACCAGAAGAAAGCAUCUGAAAGUGGCACAACGGCCACUGUAGACACGUUUGAGUUGCGGCCUGACCUUCCAGAAGUUUCUAGGAAUAGUUUAGAUAGUAGGCUUGAGAAGUCAAAGAAGCCAAACAAGCCUGAGAAGUCUCGAAUGAGUGUUGACAUAUUUAGAAGACGAAAGGGGUUGGUCUGGUGAUAUUUGUGGAGCAAGUUUCGUGUGGAUUGUAUCAUGAUGCUAAUACACUUUUUAAGGUAACUUUUUACAUAAUCAUCUCGCCCUUUUAAUGGCGUUUGGUAAUGAUUUGUUAUGAAAGUGAGUUGUGUCCCUGUUAGUAUUAAUGUGGUUCUCGAAAUCAUUUGUAUGUCAGCGGACAUUAAUGACAAGGUGUCUUGGUUUUAUUUAUCUUUUCUUUUAGUAUUCCUUUUUCACAUGUAAAAUGAAGCAUUAUAAAUGAAUAUGAAUUGUGUUGAA